AACAUAGCAUGGUAUUUGAUGUUAUUGAUGAAUAAUAGGUAGUAGGACUUCCAAUUCUCGUUCUCGCAUUCUUCAAUCUCCCCCUUGGCGUCCAAUUUCCAUUUCCAUUCUUCUCUCUACUAUAAAUUCUCCUUCACCUUCGCUUCUCUCUCGUUCUCAGCUCCUUCACCAUGAUGAGUUUCUCCUUGGAUUCAGUUUCGGUGUUAAACCCUAAACUCUCCCACUCCCAUUUCUCUCUCCCAUUCAACAGGUUCCCCCAUUCCCUCAACUUCCACCCCUUACUCAAACCCCGCGCAGUUAACGCCGCCGUCCCCCCUAACGGCCUCGCCGCCUGCUACCUCACCCUCCACCGACGGAAACCGUUAACCGUCGCUUUCACAGCUUCUCCCCAAGACUCCGAACACGGAGAGAUUGAAGUGGAGAAGGAGCGUGACGUCCACGCGGGCUCUGAAGAAUCUCAGGAAGCAUGGAAGCAGGCUCUGGACACGUUCAGGGAACAGGCGGAGAAGUUUCAGGGCGUUUCUCAGGAGGCUUAUGAGGUGUACUCUAAGAAGACUGCAGAGCAGUUGAAGGUGCUGGCAGAUAAGACGAAGAAUGAGUUGAGUGUGGCAGCGAAGGAAAUCACUGACGAAGGGAAAGAGUAUUUGUCCGCAGUGGCGGAUAGUUCACCAGAGGUGAAGGAGAUUGUGGAAACGUUUACCUCGCCACCUGAGGAUAUCCAGAAAUUGUCUGGAGUGAGGGACUUCUAUGUUGGUGUACCUUAUGGUUUGUUGCUUUCUCUUGGUGGUUUCCUUUCCUUUAUGGUAACAGGCAACACUGCAGCGAUAAGGUUUGGGAUGAUUUUAGGUGGUGCCCUCCUGGCUUUAAGCAUUUUAAGUCUGAAAUCAUACAAAAAAGGACGCACCUCUCCUCUCGCUUUGAAGGGCCAAGCUGCUAUAGCAAGUAUAUUGUUUCUGCGGGAGAUAAGCUCAAUAGGCAAAGGAUCAUCUUAUUUCACUGCCUUGAUCAGUGGUGCAGUGGUGGCAUUCUAUAUCUUUAGAAUAGUACUGGAACGUAAUCAACAGAAGGCCUCAAACUUGGAAACUGAACCAGGAAACUAGUUCUAUGAUGAGUGUAAAAAAUUGAAGAUCUGCAUGAAGAUAAGGUAAAAUAUUGAAGAUCGAGUUGAAGAUAGUCAGUAAAUUUUGGUGAUCAUUUUUUUUCACGGGCUGGGUCAUCAAGACUAAAGACUCACUGCUGAGGGUUAUGGUUUCAGACCUUGAAAAAUGGAGCUUGGAGAAUCUGGAAAUAAUUUCACUUGUAGUUUCAUGUUUAGUUGUUUUUUUUAUUUGUGUGGAAAAUUACUAAUAUCAUAUUAUGAGUAACCUCUCUGAGAGUAACCUUAACCGGUUACAGAUUCUAAUGUACUAGAAAAAUUUAGAUAUGGUGUUCAGAGCUUUGUCUUCAACUA